CUGGACUCACCUCCUGUCCUCUGUCAAGUCGUCGCUUCCCGCCUCAACAUGGACCCGGCGUCGAUUCUCGGAAUCGUGGCCGCUGCAUGCCAGUUCGCUGAGCUGGCGGCAAAGGGCGCAAUCAAGGGCGCUGGGCUGUUGAAGAGCCUGAGAGACACUCCUGCCAAGCUCACGGAACUUCUGACACUUGUUCAGAUAUCGAAACAAAAUAUGGUACAACUGCGAGAUCACCUAGCCCACCCAACUCUCCUGAGUCUGUCGAGCCAAUUUCAACUGCAAACCUACCGGGACGACAUUGGAAAAGCACACAAAGUCGCCCAAGAUUUGGAACUGCAGAUCGAAUCCCUUGUUGGACCUACCACCCAGGAUUUGAGGGGGAUCAAAAAGCUCUGGCGAGACGUCAUCACAAUCAAGAAGGAAGGGGAGUUCAACGACAGAUUCGAAGCUAUCCAGCGGUACAAUGAGCAAAUCCACCGCGGACUCUCAGGUCUCCAGGUUGCUCUGUCCACCAAAAAUCUGGAGAGCAGUGUAGCCAUUGGAACGAGAGUCAAUGAGAACACCACCGUUCUGGCUGAGAUAAAGGACAAGGUCUAUGAGCUGAACAGCAGGAAGACCGAUGUUGAUAUCGAUGUGAACGUGCAUGGUUCUACACUCAUCGGAGCUCAGCAGACACGAGCCAGCCCAGCAACAACCCGAAUCGAACUUGAGCUGCGACUUGAGCCGGCAACGAUCAGGGACGAAUUGCGGAGCGAACUAAUGCUACUGAUGACUGGUCAAGGGCUGUACGCCAGCGCUUCCAAUGCGCUUCUCCCUAUCGUAUCACGCCUUUCCCACGAAGAUAGAGCGCAAGUAGCUAGCAUGCUUCUGAUGAAUCAGAUUCCGUAUUCAAAUAACCCGAGAAGACACAGCAACUCUGCAGCGGCGAGACGCUCCUUUGAUCGGCACUCCGCUUCCGGGCCAACAGUGUGUGGUUGUGACACCAAAACUUACAACACUGGAAAGGCAUUCAGACGUGGUCCAUUUUCUUUUGGUUAUGGCUAUGAGAACCAGAAGCGACAUCAUACCUCUUGUCCCUACAGUGGAGGACAGGCUGUGAAACAAACCUGGAACUAUCAGCUAUGCAUGCAACUCCUCCCUCUGGUCAACAAAACGGUGCAAUUCGCUUUCUCUGCGACAAUCGGCGGCGGCGGUUUUGAGCUCCGGUUCCCGCUCAAAGUGUUUCCUACCGUUCAAAGGGCCAAUUCGGCGAUAUUCAGGCUCUUUGAUAAUUUCGCCGAGCGAUGCGCAGAGCUCGAUUUCUUCAGGGAGUAUUACGUUGAUGAACGAUUGUACCCUUGGUUCUGUGUCCGCCGCAUUUGUCCCACAAACAAUGGGCACGACAGCAAUACCGCGGUUGUGUGGAACAUUGAUCGUAUUCGUCAAGAGCUCCGACAUAUUCAUCGAGUGCUAUGUGAUGCUCAUAUCCUCCAGAUUGGUUCAAUCAGAGACAGGGAUGAAUCUGGAUAUACUGUCCUUCAUGAAAUGAUGCUCUUGAUCCUAAUUUUGAUGCCAGUAUCUACAUGUACUCACCUUGCCAUAUUCCAUCCCCACAGAACCAUGAAUGCUACAGUAGCAUCCCCUCUGAACAGCGCAAUAGCCGCUAUUCAAAUGAGUUUACCCCUAUUCGGACAGAUGCUAGAUUCGAUAGAGCAGCCACAUCUGCCAUUCGAUAUUAUGCUAAGCACAAUGUCCUUGCAUUGGGACAGUCGCACGAUUAAACUUGCUGCCGAUAUGAACUUCUACGACGUUGAAUUCACCUACGAAUUUGAUUUUGAUGAUUUAUCGGGCGAGGUAAACCAGCUCAUGAUGGAUUUGGUCAAGGCUGAUGCAAUGGAUUGGGCCCAGAUCGUUGUCAAGUCGCAUGUUCGCAAACGUACGGAUCUUGCUACCCUUGGCCGUCAACACUUAUCGCCCAUCGACCAAAAGAGACUGGGACUUUCUACUACUCAAGUCAUACCGCUGGAUGCUCAUGCGCGAGAACUAUACAACCUUUUGAGAGAUCAAGGGAUUCAAGUCCCCCAAGCCUUGCACCCUGGAUGGGCUGGGUCGAUCUAUCAAGUCUUGGGCGAUUUUUCCGACAACCACUAUGGGUCACCGCGCAUCUACAAGGGUUCUUCUAAAGCUCCGUCUACUGCACAGGUCCGUGAGAGCUUCCUGCUGGUCGUAGUGGCGCAGCAGUUGUUCGACAACGGGUUUACCGCUAUCGACGACGGGUUCACCGUUUUCGACAAGACUCAUAUGAACAUAAGAAGAGACAAGCUGAAGGGUGCCAGUCCGAAUUUUCCGCUUCCGAUACAUCACAAGAAACAAGGCUACCUCGGGCGUCGCAGACAGAGCAGCCGCAAUCUCUUAGAGCGGCUAGCAAAAGGAUGCACUACUCAGCCCAACUCACACUGGUCUUUGAUGCGUCUGCUAGUUCAGUACGUUUCCGGCCUGUGUCCUCCCAUGUUGACAGACAGCUGUGUCUGUUAUUGUCUUGCCUCGGACGGAUGUCUACCACAACACCUCCACGUAUCCUUUGAUGCCUACUCCCGUAUAUGCAACCAACAUGAGCACAAAGCGAAUGCGUUAGUUUCUUGGCUCGAGUCGUGUUCUCUUACCCGGGACGAAAAGUCGCUGUGUUUCGAACAAGCAGUGCGGCUAGAGUUGUUUGACAGGCUCGGCCUCGUUCACACAUGCUGUCUAGGGCGGGAAUACAAAAUGAACCCUCCCAAACCCGAAGAAGUCGAAAGGAUCAGAGACGAUGACGAGGAACUAGCAUCGCAUUUAAAACUGUUAAUGUUCGCUUACCGUGGGUCCCUCCUCAUGUUUCUCCAACGGCAUGAUGAAGAUGAAGAAUACUCGACGGAGUUCGAUUGUGGCUGUUAUGAAUUUGAAGAUCUGGGGAAAACGCCUCCUUCUUGGGGUAGCCAUAAUCUUGAUGGCCACACAACUCGGUUGCUGGCUCACUGGCGCCACUGGUGGAGUGUGACGGAUCCAAUACUGGCCGAUAUUUACGGCAUCACUCGGAUGGAGCUCUAUAAAGCUUAUGGUGAAGAGGUCUUUAACGUCAGAUGUCGGUCAGAGGUGGAAGUAGCAGAUAUGAUGCGUGAGACAGCUGACAGGAGGACUAAUUUGAAUCUGGAAGAGAUGGGAUUUGGCGACCUCGAUUACAAGGAAGUAAUCGAGCGGCAUUUUGCCACUGAACUAACAUACGCGAAGGAAAAUAUUAUUUCCGUGCCUAGAGGUAGUGAGGAUGCGCACUAUUGGCUAAAGAAGUUUGAUGAGACAGCCUUCGUACCAGUCUACAGGACAGAACUCCUGGACGAACUGAUGGAAAAGCUAAGGCGAGCAGUGUCGGGACAAGAUGAAAUAUUCGCAAAGGAAACAGACAUAUGGAGCGAUGCGAGGAGUUAUUAUGAGUGGACAUUAUGA